AUGUCGCCCACAUACACCAUGUCCGCACACCUGUGCAAGUCCAUCUACGCCUCAUGGCGCGAAACCCGCCGUUCGCCUUCCGAUCUGCCCUCCCCCGGCGUCCAGGCUCCUAGCAUGACCUCCUACUUCCCUCGCAGCCCUUCUCCAGAGAAGCGCUCCAUGGACAGCGACCGCAGCGAGACCACCUACACCACGUACCGCGUCGUGCGCGUCAAGCUGUUCACCGUGGUCUUGCCGGAGGACGUUCGUCAUAAUGAAACGGGCGUUUCCUCUCUCUCGGUUUAA